GGAUCAUGCUUGGAUUAGCACUGAUAAUCGCAGUAGAUUUCCACAAUGACAAGAAACAGCUUCAUUGUGAGUUGCUUCCUCGCCUUUAUGCUCACGAAUGCAUAUGAAGUAACUGCUGCUGCGUCCGAUGUGGAGCCAAGGUUUAAACUGCCACCGGCAUCUCAUUCUUCUGUAGUCUUCGUGUUCCAGACUGGGGCGUGCUGUACACAUCUGUCGAUUAUUUUGGGGGGAAUACCAAUUCUCUAUGAACGGUCUCUCCUUACACAUUGUCGUUGUGGUUCCUGUAGUAAUUUUCGCCGUGUUGAAUAGUGCUAUUUGGAGCCGCUCUGUAGUUUCCCCUGGGUUUUGGCUUUCAAGAGCAAGUGAGGAAGUUCGAAUACUACGUGAAAAGUGAUUUUCCUUUCGAAGCAAAGCGUCAGAUGCUGACUUGCCUCGACCGCAUCUAGUCACCCCGAUUCCGAUGUAGCAAACUGCGCUAUAGGGAACGUCAUCCCGUGGCCUACGGCCGGCUAGAGAAAGCAGCGGUGCUGUAAGGGUACAAGCUCGGCAACCGAGCGAGCUAAGUUCCGCUCACAUAUAAAGAGUAGAGAUACGCGAAAAGAAACCUGUUCAAAUACGACCGAGCGAGCUAGUGCUGAGAGAGCGUCUUCCCUCACCACCAAAAGUCGUCUCCGCUGCUGUUGUUCGCAACUCUGGCGACGAGACACGCUUGCACUCCAGCGGAGGAUCACGUUUCACAAUUUCGUCUUUGCUUUUUUCGUCUGGGAUGCGAACUUGCUUUCACUUUUGUCUCCGUUUAUCUCGCCGGUUUGCUUCUAUUUCUUCUACAUGAUUUUUCUCUUGUCCGCGCGGUCGCAAGCGCCGUUCGAGGCCUACUUGGGAAACGGGUUUUCCCCGGAUCUCCGUUUAUGUUUUUGUUCUCGGGCCGUUCCAGUACCCGAUUCUUUAUCACCCUUUGCUCCGCAGUUUUACAGCCGAGACCGGAGAGACCGGAGAUCAGUGAAAUUUGUCCGUUGUCUGUAGUUUCCGACUUUCCACUUCGUGUUAUUGGCUUGUGAGCGCGUUUGCUUCGCGGGGGACUCCCUGUUCGGACUACAUAUACGCCGUUGGGGGUAACCGGAAACCCGGUUUCGCGUUUCGGUUGUUUUGUUCCGUUGUGGCUUCUCUAUUUCUUUCUCUCGCUUUUCUCUGUUUCCAGAGGCGGAAGGCUUUUUCGUCUGUCUCCGCACAGAAGACUUGGUCGGCUCCGCCGACUCGUGGUCUAUGUGCCGAGGCGAGAUUUUCACUGGGAGAAGAAACACGCUGUCUGUGGGUCUUGCCGGCUUUGGGGGACAUGUACAGCCCGUACAUUUUAUUCUAAACAUUUUCCUAUGGUUUCCUCUGCUUCGCGAGACCAUCGGCGGACUCUGAAUCUUCAUGAGUGGUCGCGUUUCCGCUUAAAAUGUGUCCACGGCCGGCCUGCCGCUUUUUCUUCUUGUGCGCUGACGGUCAGUGUCCAUGCGUUUUUAUCAAGGCAGAACUAAAGAUCGCUUCUCUCUUAUAUUGUGUGGCGUUCCGAGUGCUCCGUUGCUGACGUCUCCGUUUGUUGUUUUGGUUGUCCCCGGCACGUUGCUCGUCUCGGAGUGGAUCGGUUAGCAACUAGACUUGGGUGAAGGCUGCCCCGUAGUUUCCGGGGAGCACUUUCCUUUUUCCGUUCAUUCCGUUGUUUGAAAGUCCAGGGACCACUGGACUUCUUUUGGCAUUUAAUGGUCUGUAGUAAGUUGUGUACACGCUCUUCUUCCGACUUGACGGCGCUUUGUGUGGACAUUUCAAAACCGUAUGUGUAUGUAUAUUUAUUUGUUGGGUUCGAAUCGUUUUCCGCUUCUCUCGCUGUGGUGAGGGAGAAUUUUACGUUUUCUUCCGUCCCCUGGGGCCUUUUGAAAUGGCAACCUCUCUGGAGGGGUGUGUGGAGGUAUUAGAGCAGGAGGGCGACUCGGCUUGUCCGUGCUCAUCCCCGUGUGCAGUCCCAAAGAAGAUGCACGUGGCGGUUGUUUCUGCCAAAAUGCAUGAGCCGGAGACUCGCCUGAGCGACAAGAGAGGCAGUGACUCGAGUCCGGGGACGAUCACAGCAAACCAGGAGGAUCUGUCUAUGGGGAAGGAGAGUGUGCUCCCGCCCAAGACAGGAUCUCAAGCUGCCGCAGCGCUUCAGCCCCGUCCAUUCAACCUCAGUCGCUACGUGCUCCUCGUGGUAUACGUUCUUUACACGUUCGCGUCGGCGAGAGUGUUGUUUGGGUGGCCGAGCUUGUCUUCGAUGUUGUUCCGGGCUGGAGCGUUUGAGUGGCUCUGUCGCGAAGAGCCGCACGUCACGGACAAGCGGUACAUGUGUCGCGCGCAGGACAGCGCUGUCCAACUUCUGUUCACCGUCGGCGUCGCAGUGGCCUUUUGCUUUUCUCUCGCAGCGGGGCUCCUCAUGGACUUCAAGGGCCCGAAGGUGUGCGCGUGCGUCGGGCAGCUGAUGAACACCGUGGGGUGGAUCCUUUUGGGGAUCGCAAGCGAAGAUUGUCAAACGUACAUUCCUGGAGUCUUUUGUCUCGCGCUCGGCGCCGAUGCCGGGUAUCUCCCUUCGCUGAACAUCAGCAACUUGUUUCCUGGCCAGGAGGGCCUUGUGAUCGUCACGAUGAGCGCGGCCAUGUCCGCCUCGUUCUCCAUCCCGACGAUUAUGGACGGGUUCUGGCGCAGCCACCCGGACCACUCGUUCUUCUGGAUCUGCGUGACGUACGCGAUCACGGGCACGGGGCUCUGCUUCCUGGUCGCCCUCUUCCUCUUCCCGGCGCGGAGCUACAAGUCCCAGGAGGAGAUGACACGAGAGGCGCCCACGGUAAACGCACGCGGAAAGGAAACAGCGAGCGCAGACAUGUCGGGACUGGGGACGAAAGCUUCCUGCGAGCGACAGGGCCUGGACUUCACCCCCGAGGCAAAUUCCUCCUGGGAAACUGUCGAAGGCGUCGGCGAACGUGCAGAGAGCGCCGAAGUUGGCAGGUGCAGCAGCAACCGAGAUGGCGAAGGCAGGCAACUCGAGGCGUCCCUCAUCCCGUUCUCCAGGCAGUUGCGGUCCCCGUACUUUUAUUGCUUCUACAUCUACUGGCCUCUGAACGCGCUGUUCUACAACUUUUACAUGACUUCGGCGGAGAACCUUUUCAACGCACACGUCAACGACGUGCUGGGUAUUCUCGGCCCUCUGUCGAUGGUUCCGGCGAUCCUCCUGGGUCACGUCGCCGACACCUGGGGCGUCAUGGCGCUCGUCCUGUUCAUCAGCUCCGCGGGGGUACUCAUGUACGCCUUCGCGCUCUGCACGUUCACACCCUGCUACUACGUGAGCGCAGUGCUCUCCUGCCUCUACCUCUCGAACUUCAGCGGACAAAUGUACGCGUACAUGGGAGACACGUUCCAGUCCACCGACUUCGGCAAGGUUGUCGGUAUCACCAGUGCAACGGGCGGCCUCCUCUCGUUGCUCCGCAUUCCGCUACACGACAAAUUCACGCUCGGCGUGCUCGAGGGCGACUACUUCUACACAUGUCUCAUGAUGCUCGGCCUGACCCUCGUCUGCCUCUGCCUCGCGGUCUACCUCUUCUUCCUCAAACGCCGGUGGCCAAAGGCCUACCUGCCCCCCCCCAAGCGUGCAGAGCCGAGUGGCGGGGCUCUCGCAGCGGACCCGGCUGUGGCUGUCACAGUGCACAGCUGAGAAGAGUUUUGUCGGCUUAAAUCAACCACGCGCCAGCUCCGAUGUGGGGUGGAAGGGUCCCGCACAGGAGAGACGCACCUGCUUGACCUGGGCGGCGGGGUCUCGUUUCUGAGUGACAGUGCACGUCUUGACUCGAAAAGGGAAACGCGCGUUGGUGAAAGCGACAGUCGAGACCACGGCGAGGGAGGCUCUGUCUGAAGCGACCUCGUUUUUCUCUGUUAGAAAACGACGGGAAAAACAAGGCACUGGUUAACAGAGGUUCUGAGCUCCAAGUGCUGGCGGACGAGGCUGGCAGGAGGUCAGAUUCGCAGAGAGGUGUACGCGUCGGGUGUACGAGACGACGUCAAGAGGGGGAAGACAGGUAUUUUUGUUUUCUGCAGCUUGUGGAAAGGGUGACGGAGAGGACGGACACAUGCAGCGAGCUCUCCUCUUCGUUUUUUAGGGACAGACCCGGGGAACAAGAAAGGCUAUUCCAAUCGUCUUGUUCGGUUUGUGUGUGAACCACACAUGUGCCGAGCACUCUGCGUCAGCUGAAUGAGGCGGCGUGAUGACAGCCGCAUUGCAUCCGCCGCUGUCAACAAAGGGUGGCGAAGCGCAUGUGCUCGAGCUUCUUGUUGCGUUUGUUUGUGCUGCCAUCCUCACCGAAGACGGACGCAAGUCGCUGUUUCCUGUGAAGGUCGGACCGCACACGUUCUUGCGUGAUUUACAGCGGGUCCCUAUCGAAAACGGAAGUCCCGCUGAGCUGUCGAGUCGAGCCACACAAUGACCAACGCGGGAUAGAAGCGAUAAGGAUUCAACCACUUUGGGUGUCUCUUCUGUUGAUCGCCCACACACAAAAAUGCUUCACCAGCCACUACACAAAACUGUGGUUGUACGUAGAAGAAGUUCGGGCGUAGAAGAUGUAUCUUCUGUAGGUGGAUUCACUGAGAUUCGUAUAUGCGCGUGCGUAUACGUACUCGUAAGGAAACUGACAGACUGUGAAAGUCGUUGGAAUAGCUACAUUUGCAUGUGCAUACAUGGCGAUAGAUAUUCGGACUCUGCCUCACACUACAGUCCAGAAUUGCUUCACGUUUUGCUAGUCCAGAACCGCGCAGUCCACAAGAAACAGAAAGUAAUAUACGUGGAGAGAAUUUUGUCUUCCACAACGACUGUAAAAGCAAUCCUGGAGCCCACAGCGAUAUAGUCUUCGCUAAAGCGCACGAAGAUGGCUCCAGUACAGAUGAGCAGUGACUGCCGCGUGAAGACCGGUGUUUUGCUGUACCUAUGACGAUGAAAGGGAAAGGUGUGCGUGCAUCAUCUCUCGCCUCGGUUAUCAGAUGCACAUGUGAGACGCGAACUGUGCUAUCGAGUCUGAUCAGGCUUACACGAGCCUUCCCCUGAUGGCCUCUGCAGCUUAAUGUACAGUUGUGUGUUUUACCGGUACUUCGUCGCAUGCAUAUUUCCCUGCGAGAAGCGUUCCUGGUCGACAGGAGUUGGCAACAGGGCGAAUCACAAGGCAAGUCAAGAGGGGGAAGUUGAAGCGUUCGAACAAGUGAAACGCGGGCGAGUGGAGCAACUGGAAAGAAGCAACCAAACGGCGCUACGCACCGUAACUCAGAAGAGCCUUGACGCGGGGCAUGAAAAGGGAAGAAGCCAGCCCUAGUGAGACAGAUAGAAUGUGGAUCUCUUGUGAGUCUUAGUAAUUCGCGAAAAGUUGACUACAGUGAUGUAAAAACACUUUUUUCCUGCUUAGCAUCGUCCUGUGUGGCACGACAGCCACGCCGCUGAGACUAGGCCUUCUUUGUCCGCCUAGGCACUCCGGUUGCGGUCUUGACUUGCUGCUCUUCUUCUGUCGAGUUCAGUAUCUUGUGUGUUUCUUUUUCGUUACCAACGAAGCGGUUUCUACGGAUCGUUCUCUGGCGGAGAAGCGGGAAACCAAAAUGGGGAUUAUUGAUCCCGUGUAGUUGGUGGGGGUUGUCCACCAUUUGUGGUCGAUGCCUGUUUUGGGUUCUGAGGUGUUGUUGAAAAAAGAGUGGCACUCUUUCGAAGAAAACAAAUGCGAUUGUUCCUCUAUACCGCUAUAGAUGUCGCGAUACACGGGCGGUUUUUCCGUAGCUGCGUCGGAAGGAGGAGUUCUUGUCACCUCGUGCAUGCGAUAUCAGCUUGACGCUGCAUGCCACGAACAGCCCUGUUCUCUCCCUUUGUGCAUAAGAGAGCACUCUAUUACCAUUGCGGUUAUUUUCUAGGCCACUUCCUGGUUUUAUUCAUCACUUCUUUUCAGUUUCCUGAAUCGAAUGCGUGUCAGUCGCUCGUGAUGUUGAGGAACCACGGGACAGGCACGGCGUAUUCCCGCGUCAUCGAUUCUACUCCCCUUGCAGAACUUCCAGAUUUCCGAGAUAGUUGCCUCUGUUUCGAUUUUCAUUUCCAGGGAAAACAUCGGGAUGUCCGUCUUUUUUAUGUUCCUUUGCUUGCGAACAUGUAGCUGUGUUUGUCGUCUUCCGCGUGUGCCGUGCUCGUGAGUCCAGGGGUGCUUCGUCCAGGCUUCUUGUUUUUAAUUCAGUUCCGUUUCUUGUUGUUUUAUCCCGGAGGCUUCCUUGCCUUUUGUGUCUACAUCAUCGUUCUCAUUUCUCUACUUUCAAACGGCGAUUUCCGGACGCCGUCAAUCUAGCGAAUCCACUCAUCGCCUGUGAAUCUGGCUGCAUCCACGCCAUCUUUGAAGUAGCCUGCCUUAUUCACAUUGGUCAAUGGGUCUGUCUACAUAUGUUUCCACAAAAAUAAGGAAAGAUCAAACCGUG